CUAUAUAAAGACAUGCAUCCACAGCAACGAACGCAUCAAUUCAAUCAAGCAUGGCUUCUCUUCCAUCUUCACUCACGGUGCUCGCUACCAACCCCCGCAUUCCCCCAUUUCCCAAGCCCUCCCAGCUGGCCAGCAGCAAGGCAAGGCGGAGCCACCGCUUUGAGGUGUCAUGCACCAGCAGCGGCGGAGGUCGUGUAGACCGCAGAAACAUGCUGCUUGGGUUGGGUGGUCUGUACGGCGCAAGCAGCCUCAUCCCCGGCCGCAACGCUGAGGCACUUCCCAUUUCACCUCCUGACCUCAGCACGUGCGACCCUGAAGGUGCGACUACUACUAAGAACGGGGAGGUGGUGCAUCUCGACGUCAACUGCUGCCCUCCCUUCACCGACGUUCAGAACGACUACAAGCUCCCGGCGUUUACCAAGCCUCGCAUUAGGCCGGCGGCGCACAGGCUUACACCAGCUUACAUAGCCAAAUACGAGAGAGCCAUGGCGAAGAUGAGGGAGCUGGACGUGACGGACCCCGACGAUCCCCGCGGCUUCACUCAGCAAGCCAACGUCCAUUGCGCUUACUGCAACGGCCCCUACGACCAGGUCGGCUUCCCCGGCCUCGAUCUCCAGGUUCACAACUCCUGGACCUUCUUCCCCUUCCACAGGUGGUACCUCUAUUUCUACGAGAGGAUCUUGGGCGAACUGAUCGGCGACCCCACCUUCGGCUUGCCCUACUGGGACUGGGACAACCCCAAGGGAAUGCAGCUGCCCCAGAUUUUCGACAACGAGAGCUCGUCUCUCUACGACGUUAACCGCGACCCAGCGCAUCACAACCCCGCCCUCGUUACCCUUACCCUCACCAAUCCCCCCGUCACCGACCCUGUACAGAUUAUCUCCAAUAAUCUCACUCAAAUGUACAGUGAAAUGAUUGGCAGCGUGAGCUCCGCCACCGACUUCAUGGGCCAGCCUUACCGUGCUGGAGACUCGCCCCCCGCCGGCGCCUUAGCAGGAACUUCAGAGAGAGGCUCACACACCGGCGUCCACGUGUGGACUGGAAACCCGGCCAACGAUUUCCGCGAAGACAUGGGGAACUUCUACUCCGCCGGAAGGGACCCUGCCUUCUACUCCCAUCACGCUAAUGUCGACAGAAUGUGGUCGAUAUGGAAGAGUAUCCCAGCCGAUUAUUCCAAGGAUAUCGAUGAGGAAGAUUUCAAGAACGCGUCCUUCAUGUUCUACGACGAGAAGAAGAACCUGGUGCGCGUCAAGGUCGGGGAUUGCUUGGACCACACCAAAAUGGGAUACGUGUAUCAACACAGCGAUACUCCAUGGAUGGCCUACAGGCCCGCUCAGAAGGAAGUCCCAGUCAACAUUCGAGAUCUCUCCAAAAGGGCAAAGACUCCAAACAAAGUGUUCCCUCUCAAACUCACCAAGACUGCCAGAGUUUUGGUGCCCAAACCAACCAAAGGCAAAGCCGACGAAGUACUUGUGCUGGAGAAGAUUGUGAGCGAUAACAGCAAGCUCGUGAGGUUCGAUGUGUUCGUGAAUGAUGAAGACGACAAGCCAGAGGAGCUCGAUAGGGCAGAGUACGCUGGGGGGUUCACGCAGCUGCCGCACAGGGUUAGGGCCAAGGAAAGCCUAAGCGACCUUCGCUUGAACUUGAAGGAACUCUACGAGAACAUUAAUAUUGCCGAUGAUGAUUCCAUAGUGGUCACCAUCGUUCCCCAGAUUAACGGCGACGCUGUCACCAUCGGUGGUAUUAAGAUUAUCCCGCGUGUUGCCGCUUGAUUUAAUUUGUCGAUAAUUCUUCAAUAACUUGGGAUUUGUCUGCUUAUUUUCUCCAUGUUUUUGUGUCGCAUUUAUUUCCAAUAAGCAUGUUUCGAAUAACCGCGCAUUUUCGCGCUCCUUCUGUAUGUUUCCCGAGUACCUGAAGAAAGACACAUUUUAUUUUGAUGAAAGUCUUGUAGUAUUAUGUACCA